GGAGAUCACCCUGCAGCAGCACAGACUCAGGCCUAGGCCGAUCAUGCCACUGGACAGAUUUCUUGGCUGGGUGAAUGCUGUGGCCUGUGGGUUCCUGCUUCUCUUCCUCCACGUGCAGGGCCAGGAAUCAGAUAGUCCCAUCCGGACCACAUACACGGGGCAGGUGCGAGGCAGUUUCGUCCAUGUGAAGGAUCAAGUGGGAGUCUAUAGCUUCCUGGGAAUUCCCUUUGCCAAGCCACCUGUAGGACCACUGCGUUUUGCACCCCCUGAAUCCCCUGAACCAUGGAGUGGUGUGAGAGAUGGGACAUCACAACCAGCCAUGUGUCUACAAAAUCCUGAUAUGAUGAUUUCAGACAGUCUGAAGAAGAUGAAGCUGAUCAUGAAUCCCACCCCCAUGUCUGAGGACUGCCUAUAUCUCAACGUCUACACACCAACCCAUGCCCAUGAAGGCUCUAACCUGCCUGUGAGUAUCAGGCUGUG